AAAUCUGAGUUUCGCGGGAGGGCUCUUGAGCGCGUAAACCGUAUCCCUUCAUUCAUCAGGCCGUUUCCUGAAGCCAUUUCUAGUCGGGGGAAACGAGAGUUGCGCUACUUUUUAAUCCGUUGCAUCUGCCUAAAUGCACCUUCCUAAGGAAAAAUACUUUACAAAAGUCGAUGAAUCAGACUCUCAACUUUACUUCGGUCUGAUUAUUUUUGUAACUAUUGCGACGGAUUAGCAGCCAUACGAGCUUGAAAGUACGGAGACAAGAAAGGGGUUACCCCGAAUACGCAAGAUGAGAAGAGGGAUCUCCUCGGCUCCGGACAAAGUGAUUUUAGCGGGGGUUGGGGGCUCUCCUCUGGACAAUAAUAUCAUUUUAACAACUCUGUCGGAUCGUUUAAACCCUGGUCAAUCCAACGCUACCUUUAUCCAAAUAAUAACCACCCCACCGCCUUGCAACGUUACACAGACAUCAAAUGUGUGUUUAUCUGAACCUCAGAUAAACAACAUUUAUACAACUCCACAACAAGCUGCAGCAAACGGAGCAGGACAACGACCCGCUCUGGGGAGACCGCCGGCGAAAAGGCGGUUGGCAUUAGAUGAUUCAGACCACCAAUACCAGUCGGAACCAGCCAGGACUCCGAGAGGCAGAGGGACCGCGGCGACCAAUGGGGCAAGGCUAAAGACACCCAGAACACGAUUAAUGCUUCAGCUGUCAAAACCUACAAAUGCAGUCCAGUAUAUCAAUCAGGCGCCCAAGUCUCCGCCAGAGAAGACACGGUACGACACCUCCCUGGGCCUGUUAACAAAGAAGUUUGUGGACCUUCUUGCUCAGUCGUCUGAUGGUGUUUUGGACCUCAACCUUGCUGCUGAAACCUUGCAGGUACAGAAAAGGAGACUGUAUGACAUCACCAAUGUACUAGAAGGCAUUCACCUCAUCAAGAAGAAAUCAAAGAACAACAUUCAAUGGAUGGGCUGUAGUCUGUUAGAGGUAGAGGGGGCACUGAGCCAGAGACAGAGACUCACGGCAGAGGUUUCUGCUCUAGGAGAAGAAGAACAGAGGCUCGAACAACUCAUCCAGAGAUGCAGCCUGGAUAUGAGACACAUGAGCGAGUUGCCAAGCAACCAGAAAUAUGCCUAUGUAACGUACCAAGACAUAAAACAGCUGGGAAACCUCAGAGACCAGACCGUUAUUGUUGUCAAAGCGCCUACAGACACCAAGCUAGAAGUACCAGAUCCAGAUGAGAGUUUGUCCAUCCAUCUGACCAGCACAAAGGGUCCUAUAGAAGUCCUGCUGUGCCCAGACGAGGAGAACGAUCCCAGGAGUCCUGUAAAAAAUGGCAACAUGGACAUCAAUGGGAACUCGCCUUUCCUCAAAGUCCUUCAAGAUCCAAGCUGCACAAACGGUUCUCCCAGCCCCUCCCUGGCACCACCUGCCUCCUCCUCAGCUGUCUCCGUCACCACUCUUUCCCCCAUCUCGUCUCCUUACACCAGUCUUCUCCAGCAGACAGAAGACCAGAUCCCCUCAGCUCUUGGGCCUUUCUUAAACCUUGGGCCUCCUCUUCUGGACCAAGAUGACUACCUAUUAGGUUUGGGAGAUGACCAGGGAAUCAGCGACCUGUUUGACGCCUGUGACUUUGAUAAAAUGCCAUCUCUUGGUUUGGAUGAUCUCCUGUGCAGCUAGCAUUAGGUAAUAGAAAAUUCAGAAAUUGUGCAUGGGCAAGAGAUGGAGAAUGGGUGAGGGAUUUCAAUGCCUGUGACUGACUGUGUAGUUAGUUGAAGUCAAUUCUUAAUAGAUGGAAAUUAAACAUUGAGGGCUUUUUUCAGUCCCAAUGGGACUAUAUGCCAUGUUCCUUCAUGGUGUGAGAGAUAAUGCAUGAUUUCAUACAAAGACACAACUGGUCAGUGUGAAGACGUACCUAUUACUCUUUCUCUCUCUCAGGCUAUGUAAGGCCUCCAGUGUAGCUGGGAGUUCUGGGACAUCUGAAGGCCUUUGCUCCCUGAUUGAUCCAGUAUGAAUGUGGAGGGAAAGGGCAUCCACCUCCUCUGUAUGAUGCAAGGUUCACAUCACUGUACUUAGACGUAACAGAUCAAAGGGGGGGAAAAAGACAUACCACCUGGCAUUAACACCACAUGGGUGAUUGGGUUGGAUGCAGCAAAUGCCCCUCACAUACAUAGAUAUGAUCACCCAAAGCCAUCCCUUGAAUGCUCAGGAGUAGGAAAGAGGAAAACUAUUCCGAUCUUAAAGGAUUAGCAAAUGUGAGGAUUUGAUAGCCCUGGAAAUUGCAAGGUUGAUCUAUGUAUUUUUAGGGAUUCAUCCAGGUAACCCAUCCCAAGACAUAUCCUAGAGUUCAAGAUGUGUUAAUGCCAAGUGCUGUGGGGGCUGAGGAGAUUCUCAAUGAUCUAUAUACCAAUGAGCUGUGAUGCUGACUGUUAAGAAGGCAUUUUGGGUGCAAGUGAAGAAAAUUUUAGAAAUUUAAAUGAAUAAAGGGCAAUUUGGGUGCACAGCAUUCACGUCUACAGUUAUGUUAGGAUAGAAACCUGUCAGGUUACCUAUUGUGCUAUUUGGGCUUGUAGUCACAAAAUUACUAAGAGUAUGAGUUUUUUUUUUAAUACAUUGAAGCACUAUUUGGAUGUACUGAGAGCUGCAUGGAAGUCCAUAUACCAUUUUUGAGUGCACAUGACCUAAUUAUCUGGUUUUAAAGGAAACUAAAUGGCAAGGAAGAAUACAUGUGUUCUCAAUGGUCUAAAUGAAGACAGUUGUAAACAAGGGCUUAAAGUUUACAGAACGUUUACAGUAAGUAAGCCAUAUGGCACAGAAUCUGUUUCGCUCUCAGACUACAUCCUCCGUUUUCAAAAAUGUUUGAAUGGUAAAAAGCGACCUUUGAUACCAGUUCACCGGAUUUGCUGGAUAUCAACUGAUUCAGCGGACACAUUUUCUUUGCAUCAUAGAAAUGUACAGCUUAAAGAAUAUAAAAAUGUUCAAUAUGGGAACAGAGAUUGUGAUGUUAAAUAUUAUAUGAGCCGUAUGAUAACAGUGCCAAAAAAAAAAGGUCAUCACACCUGGGUAGUAUGGUUUUAAGCAAAAACACCAGAUGUACCCAUUUUUAAAUGUGGCCUGUUGGCACACGUGAUGUGCGGACUAACUCAUACUCUUACUGAUACUCUUUGAAUGCAAAGCCCAAACUUUCUUGCUGCUUUUUGCCUAUACCCUCCAUUUUCAUCAGCAGAAGCUGCCAUAACCAAACCUCCCCCUAAUCUCCUCACUUAGACUGUGUGCUGUGAAAUGUACUGUGGUUUGAGCUAAUCAGAAAAAUAUUACUUUGAACCACUUAAUGGUGCACAUGGGCCCACUCGGUGCGUGCAGUGUAGGAUAAAGCAUAGGUGUGUAUUAGUCUUUUUAGGUUUAAUAAGCGUUGAAUUUUAAUGGUUUUUAAUACUGUAGAAAAAAACUAAUGAUAUCACGGCCAGCUAAGCAACAAGAGGCCAAAUAGCCACUAAUUUAGGCUUCUGCUUGUAAUGAAGGGCUUUUUUUUUCUCCUUCAGGAUAUGUAAAAAUAAGAAAAAAAGGAAAGAAACAUGAGAAAUGGAUCUGUUUUGUAAUUGGAAAACUUAUCAGUGCAUCCGAGGCAAGUAUUACACUAGGUGUGGUUUUACUGUUCACGUCCAGGGCCUCUGAAUCUGACGGUUGUUAGUCAAGAAAACCCAGAUACAGGACUUGAACUAAGAGCAAGAAGGAUGGGAUUUAGUUUUUCUGCUAGGUCUUGGGAGCCCCAUUGCUUUGCUCAAUUCAUAGCUUCUUCUGUUUGAUUUACAUCCCUGAUGAUAAUGAAAAGCAACUAUUGUGUCUGAAACCUGGGCUUGUAAACAAGAGGAACCUGCGGCUGCAGGUAAUAUUGCUGCUGUUAGUGUUAACUUCCCCCCCCCGACCUGAUGUGCGCUUGGAGUAAUUGCGUGUGCAGCAUGUGUGAGUUAUGUCAAAGAUGAAGCUUGCUAAAGAGUAAGCCUGCCAUGUGUAAAUUGAUGUACAGUUUUCUAAUUUUUUCAGUGCACAAGGUACUGUAGGCUACCUCCCACUUAAUGUUGGACAAUAGUCAUAGGGGCAUAGAGGUAAAUGCCAUAGUGUGUAUGAGUCUUUGAAGUUCCCUUUUGUCAUAGAAAUUACUCUCGUAUUAUUUCGUUGUGAUGUUGGAUCUUACAUCGCACUUUUUCUUUUUUGAUGUGUGCUGGAUUCCCCUCAUGCCCUGAAACAUUAAUGAGUAUGCCUUUGCUCUUAAACCAGUCUCAUGCAUCUUGAAUUUGAAAAGUGGGUGCACAUUUGAUGGAUAGAAAAGUGGACAAAUAAUUGCAAUAUUUUUCUUUUGUUUUGAUAUUUUCCAUAAGUUAUUUAGUUUCUUUUCAUUUUUUUUUUUUUUUUUUUGUUAAAUGCCGA